UUUUUGUCUUCUCUUUCGUUACAUUAUGUCGACACUCUAUUCCUGCUUGACUGCGAAGACAGCCGAACCGGCUGUCAUCAUUCCAAAUGGGAGAGCGCCGAUCAUUCUUUCGCACCAGCAAUUGCUCGACCAAGUCAUUGCAUUCCAGAGGAAGCUCGCACAGAUCGGAAUCUCACCUAAAGAAGCCGUCGGGAUCGCCCUCCCUAACAGCCUCGAGUUCGUCGUGUCCUUCCUCGCCACUGGACUUCAGCGAGCAAUAUGUGCUCCUCUCAACCCGGCGUACAAGCAGGACGAGUUCGAGUUCUACUUUGAUGACCUGAAAGCUCCGCUCGUGCUGGUGCCGAGUGGUGCAAUCAAGGGGAACGGCGAAGUCAUCAAAGCCGCGAGGAAGUGCAACGUUGCGAUCGGUGAAGUGUAUUGGAAUGGCUCUGAGAUCGCGCUGUCCGUGGGAGAGGGCGAUGGCUUGAGGGUGAAGAAGAGAGCUGGAUACCACGAGGCCCAGCCGGAGGAUGUUGCCUUGAUCCUACACACUAGCGGCACGACGGGUAGACCCAAAGCCGUUCCGUUGAGCCACCGCAAUCUCUGCCAGACCAUGCAGAAUAUUCAAGCGACAUACAGUCUCUCAUCCGCCGAUCGCACCCUGCUCGUCAUGCCACUCUUUCACGUCCAUGGCUUGUUGGCGGGCUUCCUAUCACCACUUAUGAGCGGAGGAUCUGUCGUUGUCCCACCGCGUUUCUCAGCUUCCGAAUUCUGGCGCGACUUCGUCGCCUACAAGGCGAACUGGUACACAGCCGUCCCAACGAUCCAUCAGAUCCUUCUGAAGAACGAGAUGCCGAAUCCGAUGCCGGAGAUACGUUUCGUACGAUCUUGCUCUUCUCCGCUUUCUCCGACGGUGCACAAGCAGCUUGAAAGCCUGAUGCGAGCGCCUGUCGUAGAGGCUUAUGCCAUGACCGAAGCCGCACAUCAGAUGACUUCGAAUCCCCUUCCACCACAAAGCAGAAAGCCCGGAUCCGUCGGAAAGCCCGAGGGUGUCGAGCUCGUAAUAAUGGAUGAAGAUGGAACGGCUCUGUCGGAGGGUAAGAUUGGCGAAGUUUGCAUCAAGGGGCCAAAUGUAACGUCCGGAUAUAUCGGGGAAGGCAUUGCAUCGCCCUUCUUCGCUUCCGGGCAUUUCCGUACUGGUGAUCAGGGAUACCUCGACGAGGAGGGUUAUCUCUUCCUCACUGGGCGCAUAAAGGAGCUGAUCAACAAAGGUGGCGAGAAGAUUAGUCCCAUCGAGAUUGACAACACGUUCUCUCAGCAUCCGCACAUCGCUGAAGCCGUCAGCUUCGCAAUCGACGAUGAACUAUACGGGCAGAACGUUGCUGUCGCAAUCUGCCUCAAGGAAGGGAAGUCGCUGACGACCGAGGAGCUGCUUGCGUGGUACAGUGAGCGCGCUGCAAAGUUCAAAGUUCCCAAGAAAGUCUUCUUCACCAGCGUCAUGCCCAAGACAGCUACUGGAAAAGUACAGCGUCGUCAUGUAGCGUCAGCCAUGAUGGCAACCGAAAAGAACGGCACCGGGAUGGAGACUGUGGAGCAGAAACACGUAACAGCCGAAGAGAGAGCCGAGAAGAAGGCCGAAGAGAAGAACGAGGUGUGUCACAUGGAGCCGCUGUCCAGAGCCUUCACUGCUCCUGCUCGCACGUCGGAUCGGUUCAUGAGCUUCGGUCGGUCGCUUGCCUCUCGGGUAAGUUCCGCCUAUCGAGGGAAGCUAUCGUUUUUGUCGGCAUCGAGGAAAGCCAAGGCGCUGCAAUAGUUUUACGGCCCAGAAUUUUCCUUCUCGCUGCCCUAGUGAUUCAAUCGAGUUGC